GUACUUAUUAGUUAUUAUACAGACACAACCACACAGAGAGUAAAAAGAAAAAAAAAAAAUUAUCCGACUCCAUUACGGCGCCGUUUCUAAAACAGAUGGUAAUCCAAAAAAGGAGAGCUUUUGCAUUUUCCUUGGAAUUAUCAAAAUUUCUUCCGGUCAAAACUAAUUCGUCAGAUCCAAUUGGAGACCGAUCAUCGAUCAGAUGGAUUUGGCUGAACUGUGGGCGAUCUUCGGGCCUGGUUUCUCCGGCGCCGUUUUCGGAACCGGCUGGUGGUUCUGGGUCGACGCCGUCGUCUGCAGUUCCAUCCAAGUUCCCUUCCUCCAUUACCUUCCCGGCAUAUUCGCAUCUCUCGGAGCUCUGAUGUUCAAUUGCGUGAGAAAAGAAGAUAUCGAUUACUCUCCUUAUGACGAAGGCGAAUGGAGAUUGAAGCUAUGGCUUUUCAUAGCGUAUGUGGUAGCGUUUGUUUCCUUGGCUGCUUCUGUUGGUUUGCUGAUUCAAGAUUCGGUCGUGAAGACUGGUCCUUCGACCUGGACUGGUGUGGCUGGUGUCUUUCAAUGUGUCUUUGUGUUGAUAAGUGGCCUAAUGUAUUGGACUUCUCACUCAGAGUAAGUAGAUGCACAAGGCACGCACUUACGCACUUCAUCGGCCCGACUCAGAUACAUGUUGUGACAUCUUCUUACAAGUGCCCUCUCUUUUACUUCUACUCUGUAAAUUCUUGUGUCUGGUCUGCUCUGGUCUAGCUUGGUGUUGUGUGCUAGAUUCUUCCCCAGUUGCAUUCGUGUGCGCUGCUUAUGUUCAGAGGAUGGAUAGAAAAAACUAUGUUGAACUUUGUGUGUGUCAUUGAAAAAGACACUGUUAUAGUACAAGAACUUGCUAAACUCGUUAUAUUGUCUCGAGCUCUGCUCUGUGUUCUAAUUUCAUUCGCAUGAAAGAGUAACAAAGAAACUAAUUCAAGAAAGAAACACA